AUGGAUCACAUCUACAGAAGACCUGAACUACAAAGAGUGUUAAGAGUGCUAAACCAAAAGGAGGACCGAGAUCUGCAACGUAAGCUAAUCAUGUUGGAUAAACAGCACCGAUACACCCAGAAAAUGCUUCAACAGCGAAGGGACAAACUGCUAAAUGAAGCAAGACGGGUGGUGAUGGUACAAUUCUGUGAACCAAAAGCUACAGUCAGCAUCGCUAUGAAAGAAUUCGCCGAGUAUGAAAGAAAUGCAGACGCAAACUUCUCCAGGGCGAUAUACACAUCUGCUGGACGAUUGCGUUCUAGCAAAUCCAGCUAUGAAGGAUCUAAACUCGUGGAACAGGGUCGGUCCAUAUCAGCACCACCACCAUCGACUAAACCUACAAGUUCUAUGAGACACAAAGGGAAAGUCCAGAGCAACUUGUCACUUAUGCAGAUGAAAAAGAUUGCAACGAUUGACUCAAUAUCAGAAAAAGAGCUGGCCAGGCAACAGCAGAAAGCCCAAGAGGAAUUGGAAAGGCUGAGACUGCUUCAGAGAGAGAUGUUACACAAGAAGGUGAUGGAAUUUAUAGAUAAGCUGAAAGAUAAAAAAGACGUGGAGGUUGUUACGAAACUUUCGUAG